CAACAGUGAUGUGUUCUCGGAAGGGAAUUGCACAGCAGUUCGUUUAACGACGUCAGUCUACGACGAACCUUCGUCCGAACAGAAGUGGACGGCACAUCGACAUGGCUGACUAUUUUCAAAUACUAAGUGUGAUCGUCGCAGUUUUUCUUGCUGUGUAUUAUUACUUAACAUCUACGUUCGAUUUUUGGAAAGAUCGUGGCGUUGUUGGUCCUCGACCUAUACCAGGUUUUGGAAAUAUCAAAGAUGUUAUGCUGAGAAAAAUCAGUAUAGGUGACUAUAUAGCACGCCUGUACGAGAAAUACAAAAACGAACCAAUGAUUGGAAUAUUCGUGAGAGGAUCGCCUUCGCUUAUUCUGUGCGAUUUAGAUCUCAUCAAGGACGUUUUAAUCAAAAACUUCUCUACGUUCGACAAUCGAGGACUGAAUGUUCUUGAACGGACUGAUGCAUUGGCUACGAAUCUCUUUAACGUAGAAGCGAGAAGAUGGAGACCUUUGCGAACGAAACUCUCGCCAGUAUUUACUUCCGGCAAACUAAGGGAAAUGUUUCCCCUGAUAUUAGAGUGUGCGGAAAAUUUGGAACAAUGCUUGGAGAAGAUUAUAGAAAAAGGAGGCUUCAUGGAUUGCCGCGAAAUAACAGCGAGAUUCUCUACUGACGUUAUUGGAAGCUGUGUUUUUGGUAUCAACAUGAACGCACUGUCAGACGAAGAGAGUGAAUUUCGAAGAAUAGGAAGAAAAAUCUUUGAUCGAAAUUUGAAAACGAUCCUCAGGAUAACCUUUCGAGAUACUUUUCCACGGUUGUAUAACUUUCUUUGGUUCUUGAUACCACAAUCGGAAGUAAGUACAUUUAUUACAAAACUGGUCGCGGAUACGAUGAAAUAUAGAGAAGAAAAUAACAUCGUUAGGCCGGAUUUUAUAAACAUGCUGAUGGAACUGAAGAAGCACCCGGAAAAAUUAGCAGAUAUUGAGUUAACGGACACAAUUCUCGCUGCGCAAGCUUUUGUCUUCUUCGCGGCUGGAUUCGAAACGUCUUCGACGACAAUAUCGCACGCACUUUACGAAAUGGCCCUGAACCCUGAUAUACAAGAUAAACUUCGGAGAGAAAUAAUAGAAUUCCAUGUCAAAACUAAUGGAAACCUGAAAUACGAACAAGUCAAAGAAAUGAAAUACUUGGACAAAAUAUUCAAGGAAACGCUUAGAAAGUAUUCAGCAGGAACGCUUCUAAGGCGACAAAGCAACGCUAAUUAUACCUUUAGUGGUACAAAGGUAACGAUUCCUAAGGGUACCGGAGUAUUUAUUCCCGUGUAUGCGAUUCAAAGGGAUUCCAAUAUCUAUCCGGAUCCUGAGAAAUUCGAUCCGGAAAGAUUUAACAAAGACGCAGUAGCUGCCAGACAUCCGAUGUCCUAUCUACCGUUUGGCGAUGGACCAAGAAAUUGCAUUGGAGCACGUUUUGCGAUUUAUCAAACUAAAAUGGGACUGAUAAAAAUAUUACACAAGUUCAAAGUUGAUGUUUGCGAAAAGACAAUAACUACUUAUGUACAUAACCCGAAUUCCCUUACAUUGUCUCCCAAGGGUGGAAUUCACUUGAAAAUAAGCAAAGUAGAAAUAACGAUAUCUUGCAGAAAAUUUACUUUUAUGAAUCAUCGUUUGUCCAUCAGAUUAGAAGCAACGAGUAGCGCAAUGGCAACCUACUUCGAAAUUAUUUGCGGAAUUAUCGCGCUACUUUUCGCGUUCUAUUUCUACUUUACUUCGACUUUCGAUUUUUGGAAAGUCCGAGGAGUACCUGGACCAAAGCCUGUACCAGUGUUCGGUAACAUCAAAGAUGUAAUGUUGCUAAGGACAUCGAUGUGCGCGUAUUUGAAGAAACUCUGGGAUGAGUACAAAGACGAGCCAAUGGUUGGAAUAUUUACAAGAAAAACGCCUAUACUAAUUCUUCAAGAUCCGGAGCUCAUAAAAGAUGUCCUAAUAAGAGAUUUCUCUAUAUUUGCUGAUCGAGGGAUUCCUGUUCACGAAAAGGCGGAACCACUAUCUCCACAUCUCUUCAAUUUGGAGUCACAGAGAUGGCGUCCAUUAAGAACAAGGCUCUCGCCAGUAUUUACAUCUGGCAAGCUCAAAGAGAUGUUUCCUCUGAUAUUAGAAUGUUCGAAACACUUGGAACAGUACCUCGAUAACCUAGUAGCGAAAGGCGAGCCCAUAGAAUGUCGCGAAUUAACAGCCAAAUAUACGACGGAUGUAAUAGGUAGCUGUGCCUUUGGUAUAGAAAUGAACGCGUUAUCCGACGAAGAUAGUGAAUUUCGUCGAAUGGGCAAACAAGUGUUUGCCACUUCCUUUAGGCAAAUUUUGAGAUUUAGACUUAGACAAAUAUUUCCUCACCUUUACAAUUUACUCGGUUCCAUAAUGGCACCACUGGAAAUUACUACGUUCCUCACGAAGAUAAUCGUUGAUACGAUGAAAUACAGGGAUGACAACAACAUCGUGAGACCUGACUUUGUGAAUAUGCUUAUGGAACUUAAGAAACAUCCAGAUAAAUUGGAAAAUAUUAAGCUUACGGACACUCUAUUAACGGCUCAAGCGUUCGUUUUCUUCGUUGCUGGAUUUGAGACUUCUUCGUCAGCUAUAAGCAAUGCCCUUUAUGAAUUAGCUUUAAACCCCGAGAUACAAGAUAAAUUGCGGCAAGAAAUUAAAGAACACUUUGAGAAAAACGACGGUGAAUUGAAAUAUGACCAAAUAAAAGAUUUGACAUACCUGGAUCUAGUAUUUCGAGAAACGUUAAGAAAGUACCCUGCUGGACCGCUUAUACUAAGAAAGUCAGUGAGCAGUUAUACUUUUAACAACACUAAAGUUUCCAUACCGGAAAAGACAUUCGUAUGGAUACCAUUGUACGCGAUUCAUCAUAACCCUGAUAUUUAUCCAAAUCCUGAUGCUUUUAUUCCUGAAAGAUUUAACGAUGACGCCGUUGCAUCACGAGAUUCCAUGCACUAUUUGCCUUUUGGUGACGGGCCAAGAAAUUGUAUUGGCGCUCGAUUUGCAGUUUAUCAAUCCAAAGUUGGUUUGAUAACAAUACUUCGCAAUCAUAAAGUUGAAGUUUGCGAGAAAACUAUGAUUCCGUAUGUAAUUGAUCCAGCUGCUUUCUUAUUAGCGCCGAAAGGAGGAAUAUAUCUAAAAUUAAUUAAAGUAGAAAGUUAGUACCAAAUCUUAUAAUAUUUUCGAUACGUAAUUUCACGAUUUUGAACUAGGACUUGAACCUUUGAUUAGUUUUACUUUCUUAAAUUAUUAUAUACAUAAAUUUAAUUAUAAAUUAUCAAAGAUUACAAAAAUAAAAUAUUACAUGUAUAAUAAUUUAAGGAAGUAAAACUAAUGUAACAAAUAAAAGUUCAAAAUCGUGAAAUACAUACAUAUCUAAAUAAAUAAAUACAUAUAUAUAUCCCAUUGUUAAAUCGAAAGUACUCUGUAUGAGGCGGUAUCAAACUAUUAAUUACUAACACAAAAAUUAAUAUCUUCCAAGUAUCAUAGUUCCGUUAUUUAUUACAAAUUAUUAAACUGGACAGUACACCGAACUUAAAAGAGCCCAACUUAAUUAUUUGUAAAUGAUAUUAUAUUUUUGUAAUAAUUAUAUGUAAUUAAUAAAAAUAUAAACAGACGUUAAUUAA